AUGACACCAGGCACCUCAUGGCACCAGGCACCUCAUGACACCAGGCACCUCAUGGCACCAGGCACCUCAUGGCACCUCAGGCACCUCACUGGCACACCAGGCACCUCAUGGCACCAGGCACCUCAUGACACCAGGCACCUCAUGGCACCAGGCACCUCAUGGCACCAGGCACCUCAUGACACCAGGCACCUCAUGGCACCAGGCACCUCAUGGCACCGGGCACCUCAUGGCACCAGGCACCUUAUGACACCAGGCACCUCAUGGCACCAGGCACCUCAUGGCGCCGGGCACCUCAUGGCGCCAGGCACCUCAUGGCGCCGGGCACUCAUGGCGCCAGGCACCUCAUGGCGCCAGGCACCUCAUGGCGCCGGGCACCUCAUGGCGCCGGGCACCUCAUGGCGCCGGGCACCUCAUGGCGCCGGGCACCUCAUGGCACCAGGCACCUCAUGGCACCAGGCACCUCAUGGCGCCGGGCACCUCAUGACACCAGGCACCUCAUGGCGCCGGGCACCUCAUGGCACCUCCAGGCACCUCAUGGCACCAGGCACCUCAUGGCACCAGGCACCUCAUGGCGCCGGGCACCUCAUGACACCAGGCACCUCAUGGCGCCGGGGCACCUCAUGGCGCGGGCACCUCAUGGCGCCAUGGGCACCUCAUGGCGCCGGGCACCUCACGAGGGGCACCUCAUGGCGCCGGGCACCUCAUGGGCACCAGGCACCUCAUGGCACCAGGCACCUCAUGGCACCAGGCACCUCAUGGCACCAGGCACCUCAUGGCACCAGGCACCUCAUGGCACCAGGCACCUCAUGGCACCAGGCACCUCAUGACACCAGGCACCUCAUGGCACCAGGCACCUCAUGGCACCAGGCACCUCAUGGCACCAGGCACCUCAUGGAACCAGGUACCUCAUAUUUCCUCAUGUCCAUGUAA